CCGAGGAGUCUUUCUUCAGCCUCCAGGAGUGUUCUGCAUGCACAUUGCAGAGAGCUGGGAUCCCUGGCCCUGGGAUUGCAGGAAUGCUGGUAACGGCUGGGUGAAGCAAGGACCAUGGCGGCCGCCAUGCAUUGUGUUGCAGGGACGGCGGGGGCGUGGUUGCCUGGUCACACUGCGGCUUUAGAUCACGCUACCACUACUCCCCCUGCUUCUUUCAGCCCCUUCCCUCUGUCCGCCUCUCACCAGACCCGAUUCCAUUCGCAACUUGCGUCAGUAUCCAUUCUCAGCCACCAGCAGGCGUUCUCCCCAGUGGAGAAGAAGAGAAAGUUCGUUGCGGCUGGGGGGGUGCGAGCGCAGACUGUCUCAGCGCCCCAGGCGGAGAUUGAGAAGGCGGCGGAUGAGUUUGGGAAGCUGACGCAGGUGGCGGCAGUCCUGGGGACGCAGUGGGGGGAUGAGGGCAAGGGCAAGCUCGUGGACAUAUUGGCGCAGAGAUAUGACGUCGUCGCGAGAUGCCAGGGUGGAGCCAACGCGGGCCACACGAUCUACAACGAGAAGGGCCAGAAGUUUGCACUGCACGGCGUGCCGUCCGGGGUGCUCAAUCCGAAGGCCACGUGCCUGGUUGGAAACGGCGUCGUGGUGCACCUUCCGAGCUUCUUCGACGAGCUGGACAAGCUGCAGUCGCAGGGCGUCAACACCGAGGGGCGGGUCCUGGUCUCUGACAGGGCGCACCUGCUGUUCGACCUGCACCGCGAGAUUGACGGGCUGCGCGAGGAGGAGUUGGCAGGCGGCAAGAUUGGGACGACCAAGCGCGGCAUCGGGCCCGCGUACGCGAGCAAAGUCGUGCGCAAUGGGAUUCGCGUCGGGGAGCUGCGGCGGCCCGAGACGUUCAAAGAGAAGCUCAGGGUUAUGUACGAGGACGCAAAGGCGCGCUUUCCUGGGUUGAACUAUACGGAGGAGAUUCUUUCGGCGGAGGCUGCACGGUAUGUCGAGCUGGGGAAGCGGUUGGAACCAUACAUCACAGACACGGUAUACUACGUGAACAAGGCGCAUGCGGAGAAGAAGAAGAUCCUGAUCGAGGGCGGCCAGGCCACGCUGCUGGACGUCGACUUUGGGACGUACCCGUUCGUGACGUCAUCCAACCCGUCGAUCGGGGGCGUUAUCGUCGGGCUCGGCCUCGCGCCGCAGAAGCUGGGGGCUGUCAUUGGUGUGGCAAAAGCGUACACGACGCGGGUCGGUGCCGGUCCGUACCCGACCGAGCUGCACGACGAGACCGGGGACCGGCUCCGGGCGAACGGGUUCGAGUUUGGGACCACGACGGGGCGACCGCGGCGGUGCGGCUGGCUGGACAUGGUCGCCCUCCGGUUCGCGUGCGACAUUAACGGGUUCACGCACAUUAACCUGACCAAGCUAGAUGUGCUGUCGGGUUUCUCAGAGAUCAAGCUCGGGGUGGGCUAUCGGGCGCCAGAUGGAGAGGUGGUUCCGGCGUUUCCGGCGGAUCUGGAGCUGCUGGAACAGAUCAAGGUCGACUACGAGGUACUGCCAGGUUGGGAGGAGGACAUUUCGGGGAUGAGGAAGUGGUCACAACUACCAAAGAAUGCGCAAGCAUACGUACUGAGAAUAGAAGAGAUUGUAGGAGUCGAGGUGAAGUGGAUAGGGGUCGGGCCUGGAAGGGACGCCAUCAUCACGAAGGAGUGAAGCUAUUGACAAUGAUGGAAACGUAAUCAACUUGAACUCAGCGUUGUUGUCCAGAUUGUAUCACUGGCAUGCUUAGCUAGUAUGUAUUCACGGGCUGACUCGUAUAUUCCGCACCAAGUCCGGGGAGCUAGGCUGCAUAGAUCUAAAUGAAGAUUGAGACUUCACCGCCUACUUCUAAGUGCGGUGUCCGUGCCAAACACUUCACGAGGAGUUGCCAGACGAAUGAUGAUCUAAUUGAAUGGUUAGCC